GUUACCAUAGAGUCUGCAGCUUCCGGUGUAUACAAUAGUGUCCGUCUGUCUGUCCACAGUCAUAAAUCACAGGCUGUGGAGGACCGUCCGCCGUGUAUGGCGAUUAUCCGUCACAGGCAUCCAUAGCGGUCGUACACGGCGGGGGGUGGCUGCCAGAUAUUUUUUUGGGAGAACUUCAUGAAGUGGAGGAAAGUAGAGAAGAUCAUAAAGAAGAUAUAGAGCAUCCAUGAUGUUGAAGCCUUCUUAAGAAUCCCAAGACCGCUUUCUUUGCAUCUCCUAUGUUUAGCCUAAUGGCGAAUUGCUGUAGAAAUUGGUUUAAACGAUGGCGUCAGCCAGUCAGAAAAGUGACUCUGGUUAUGGUGGGUUUGGAUAAUGCUGGCAAGACUGCUACUGUGAAAGGCAUCCAAGGAGAAUCUCCACAAGAUGUGGCCCCGACUGUCGGGUUCUCCAAAGCAGACAUUCGACAGGGGAGAUUUGACAUCACAAUGUUUGAUCUCGGAGGUGGCAAGCAAAUCCGUGGCAUUUGGAAGAACUAUUACGCUGAGUCCUAUGGAGUGGUGUUUGUUAUUGACUCCAGUGACGUCGACCGGAUGGAAGAAACAAAGGAGACGGUGGCCGAGGUUCUGAGGCACCCAAGGAUAGCAGGAAAGCCAGUAUUAGUCUUGGCAAAUAAACAGGAUCGGGAGGGCGCAAUGGCAGAGGCUGAUGUCAUAGAGUUUCUUUCACUGGAGAAGUUGGUGAAUGACAACAAGUGCUUAUGUCAGAUCGAGCCAUGUUCAGCAGUUCUAGGCUAUGGGAAAAAAAUUGACUCCCAUAUAAGAAAAGGUCUGAACUGGUUGCUAGAAGUCAUAGCAAAAGAUUUUGAAGCACUUCAUGAACGUGUUCAGAAGGAUACUGCAGAACAGAGAGCCCAGGAGGAACAAGAUAAGCAGAAAAUAGCAGAGCGGGUCAAGAGGCUACGCGAGGAACGAGAAGAAAGGGAACGGGAGGAAGCCGAGCGGGAGGGGAGACAACUGGUGGAUGAAGACACCUCUGUUCCUGUGGUCAAUCCAUUCCAGCCUAUAUCCGCUGUUAUCACCGAGAACGAAGAAAAAAUAAGGAAGGAAAAGGAAAAAAAGCGUCAAAAAAUGGUGAACGGACAGAACGGAGUAGACAUUGCUUUGGAGCCUAAGGCAGAUGAAGAGAUGGAUUCUGGAAGUGAAGGGAGUGAGAGUGGCCAGGCAUCUCAGGAUGGACAUUUAAUAGACUCCUACAAAGAUGCUUUAGCCCAGAAGCUGGAGCAGGACGAUACAAGUGGAGAUCCUUCUGAGCGCAGGGAAUCGGCUCAAAGCAAAAAGAAGACUAAAAAGCUAAAAAUGAAAAGAAAUAAAAUAGAGCCUUUAAGUGCAGAGGAGUCUGAUUUAAAGAGCCCAGCUACGCCGCCACCUCAGUUACCCGUUGGCUGGGGAACCCCAAAAGUUACUAGACUUCCAAAACUUGAGCCUCUUGGAGAAACACAUCAUAGUGAUUUUUAUGGAAAGCCACUCCCGCCAUUGGCAAUGCGGCAGAGACCCAACAGUGACACACAUGAUGUCAUCUCCUGAGGCGCACAACAGGGGAUGGUCAUUUUUUACUUGUCCUUACGCUGGGGACCAUUCUAUGACAUCAGUAUUUUAUACUUACAGAACUAAAAGGCAAAUACUGAUGGAUUGGAGUCUCGUCCGGCAGAACGUUGGCUCAUUCUGGAUUAUUGGAGUGGCCAUGGUGGAUCUCCAGUAAAGAAGAUGGUAAAAUGGCCCUGCUGAUAGAACAUCGCGAGACACUUUCUGCAUCGUCUACCAGAACAUCAUAACUUUUUUGAUCCAGUAUUAAAUUUUAUUUUAUUUUUUAUAUUCCUUUCUCCCACAUUUAAUAUUGGAAAUUUUACAGGUGUGUGUUUUUUUUUUUUAUUCAGUUUAAUUCUGAGAAGCACAAGUAUUUUAUUAUUGGUUAAAGGGGUUGUCCCACAAUGUACAUUCAUCUAUGUGGUCCUGCAGUGAGCAGAAAUGAUGGGGCUCAACCACUCAGACAUUUAUCACCUGUACAUUGUGGGACAACCCCUUUUAAAGGGGGUCUGUCAUCACAUCUGUCGCACUGAGACGUGCACUUGACAGUUGAACAUCAUGGUCUUGGUCCCAUCUUCCUAGGUGUCUGCAUUCUUGAGAAAAAGGAACAAUGAGGGCCAGGCAGUCAAGACAUACUCAUGCCUGGUCCUGAAUUCUUGCAGGAGCUCGUUCAGCGCAUGCGCUGUAAAGGCAUGUCUCCAUACCUGUACAAUGCAGGCUCUGAACGAGCUCUUGUGAGACUUGAAGGCCAGGAGUGUGUACGUCUUCUCUGCCUGACCCUGCCAGUCAGUGGGUGGGGGGUGGCAUGAAGGACAGUGAGCGUACCCUUAGGGGCUCAUGCACACGAAUGUAUUUUCUUUCUGUCUCCGUUCUGGUGUUUUUGCGGACUGCUUGCGGAACCAUUCAUUUCAAUGGGUCCACAAAAAAAAGAGAAGUUACUCUAUGUGCUUUCCGUUUCCGUAUGUCCUUUCCACAAACAAAUAGAACAUGCCCUAUCAUUGUCCGCAUUACAGACGAGGAUGGGACUGUUCUAACAGGGCCAGCUUUUCCAUUCCACAAAAUACGGAAUGCACACGGACGUCAUCCGUAUUUUUUGCGGAUCGUGUCGUGUACAUGAGCCCUAAUGGAGCAACCAGGUGCAACUGCACUGCCCUCGUUGCUCCUAGGGGCUAAUUGGCAUAUUAUAAAACAUCAAUUUUCUCACGAAUGCAGACACCUAAGUAGAUUUGACCAAGACCAUGAUGUCCAACUGUCUCGGGUGAGACGGUUUUAUUGAGACGUAUCUUUUGACAGAACCCCUUUAAGGCUGGGUUCACACAGGCUACUGAAUUGGUGUAGAUUUUGCUGCAGGUUAAAUUCAUUAUCAUUUAAUGGAGGAAAAUCUGUGUAUGUAAGGCCCCUUUCACACGAGCGAGUUUUUCCGCAUGGGUGCAAUGCGUGAAGUGAACUCAUAGCACCCACACUGAAUCCUGACCCGAUCCUUUCAUUGGGUCUGGUUACAUGAGGUUGUGUUUUUUUUUGGUUUUUUUUUCACGCAUCAGUUCUGCGUGGUGUGAGAAUCGCAGCAUGUUCUAUAUUCAUAUUCUAUAUUUUUCACGCAGCCCUGGCCCAUAGACGUGAA